CAUGAGCCCAGCGUCCCCUCCUUACCCUCAACUGCUUAACUGCUCUGAUACUCCUGCCUGUGCAUUUCUUACAGAAAUGAAAUUCCUGGGCAUCACUUUGAUUCUGGGACUACUGGCGGGGGUGUUGUCUCAGAUUAUUGUGGUACAACUGCAGUGCGACUCCUCUGAAGCAGAGGAGGCUGCUCUGGUGGCUCAAGAUUACCUCAAUGACCAGCACACUCAUGGCUACAAGUAUGCACUGAACAGGAUCGAAGACAUCAAGAUCUACACUAAGCCUGAUGGAGACAACACGUACGUGCUGGAAGUUGAACUGCUGGAGACAAACUGUCAUGUGUUGGAUCCCACACCUCUUGCCAACUGCACAGUCAGGCCAAAAAUAUUGACGGCAAUAGAAGGAGACUGUGAUGUGGUGCUGAAGAAGGUUGGCGGAGUUCUGACUGUCACAGCAUUCAAGUGUACAACCGAAGAAUCAACAGAGGACAUGUGCUUCGGCUGUGCUACCCUUCUUCCCCUAAAUGACACCACAGCUCUGGACUUUGUCCACUCCUCUUUGGCAACCUUCAACAACAGGACUGUUGACGUAACGUAUGCUGUUAUGGAGGUUGGAAGGAUGUCAUCACAGGUUGUGUCUGGUGGGCCAAUCUAUUUCGCAGAAUAUGUUGUAGUUGAGGCUAAUUGCAUUGAUGAUGCCUGUGUGCCCCUGCAUGACGCCACGGCUGCACGUGGUAUUUGUUCUGCCAAAGGUUUGACCACUGAUCACACAGUGGACUGCAAUAUGUUUUCAACUCUGAUCCCUGUUGUAGAUGCCAACAGCCCUGUAGCAGAUGCCAACAGCACUGCAGCUCUGGCCACACCAUCAAUGGCCCUCAAAGACAGAGGCAGCCUGUCACCCAGUCAUGGUCUGAGGCACCACAAACUGACGGCUUUCCAUAACCCUCAGCUAAGCGGCUUUCUGUCAGCAGAAUCAGCAGAGUCAGCUGAAGUGGUACCUGUAGCCCCUGCCGUGGCUGGUCCAGCUGCUGCCGAUCCAGCUGCUGCCGAUCCAGCUCCAACAGUUGACGCUGGAUCAGCCUCAGAUUCUUCAGCCUCAGAUUCUUCAGCCAGUGCCGAGGUCCCCGUUGUUGUGGUGAAAAGAGAUGUACUUGCUGCACCCGCCUCUUCAGUGGUUGACACCCUUAUGACUCUACCAGACCCCAUUGCUCUUGUGCCAGUGUGCCCAGGAAGGAUCAGAUUCUUUGAUUCUUAAAGUCUCAAAGAGACUAUACUUUCUACACUGGCACUUGAUUAGAUGACUAUAAUUAACCUUGUCCCGUAGGUAGAUGCAACACCAAUAUACUUCCUACAAACACUAAUCCCUCAUUUAAAAUUGUCAAAUCACUCAUGCUUUGCAAAACUCUUGAUAUUUCUGUAAAAUGGAUAUAAAAGAUUUGUAUUAGAUUCUGAUUAAUAAAUGUCAAG